CAACUUGUAAACUCGGCCAAGGCAGGUCUUCUUAGCAUAGGCUGAGGCCUCGGAAAGAGAGCUUUGGCAGAGACCCAUCUCGAAUUUCCCUAGUCCCUAAGUCCAUAUCUACCAAACCUCUCCCUGUUGAGGCGUCCUGUCACUUCACAACCUCUCACCUACGCUAUCGGCGUUACAGCAAAAUGCCUUCCUUUGACGUGUCCAAGUACAAAGAAGACCUGAAGAAGAAGCGACACCUUGAGGGAUGGGUGUUGCAAAAACAAGAGUCUAGUUGGGCUCCUCCUGGCACGUGGUCCAACGUUGAUUUGGACAUUACACCGGUCGAACGUCGAACAUGGACAAGCAUGACCAUUUUUGGUUAUUGGUUUAGUGAUAUCAUCAGUAUCCAGAGCUGGCAGACCGGCAGUACCAUUCUAGCCAUUGGAUUGACAUGGCGUGAGGCUGUCUUCGCAAUCAUCUUUGGCUCGUUUGUCAUGGGCGUGCCUAUGACUCUCAAUGGUUACACCGGUGCAAAGACUCAUGCGCCAUUUCCGAUCCUGGCUCGCUCGUCCUUCGGGUACCACCUGGCCAAGUUCCCCGUCGUGGUUCGGUUGAUCACUGCCCUCUUCUGGCACUCCAUCACCAACUUCCUUGCCGUGGGCCCCAUGAUUCAGGUGAUCAGAUCCAUCUGGCCGUCUUUCAGGACAAUGCCAAACUCGCUCCCUGAAUCUGCUGGCAUCACCAGCCAGCAGAUGGUCGCCUACUUCCUGGUCUGGGUCGUCCAAUUCCCUAUUCUGAUGAUCCCGCCACACAAGAUGAGAUGGCUGUUCUAUGUCAAGGUCGUCAUGUGUGUGGCGACCAUCGUUGGAAUGACCAUCUGGACUUGUACCCGCGGUGGCACUGGCGAUAUCUGGGACCAGCAAGCCCAGGUGUCGGGCUCAGCAAAAUCAUGGCUGAUUAUGUGGUCCCUGAACAGCUGCACUGCAUCCUGGAGCACGGUCGGUGUCAAUAUCCCUGACUUCACUCGUUAUCUCAAGAAGCCAAAAGCGGCCCUUACUCAAUCCGUCUUCUUCCCCAUUCUCUGCAGUUGGGUCGCCAUCAUUGGUGUUGUUGUCGCCUCUGCUUCAUACAUGAUCUACAACGAAUAUGUAUGGGAUCCCAUCGCCAUCAUUGAUACGUGGGACGGCCCAGGCGGUCGUGCAGGCGCAUUUUUCGCCGGUCUGUCGUGGUUGAUCGCACAGAUUUGCGUCAACAUGUCGGCCACCGUCAUCUCUGGAGCGAACGAUCUUGUCAAUUUGUUCCCCAAAUGGUUCAACAUCCGUCGUGGUUCAAUCCUCAUCACCAUCAUUGGUGGUUGGGCUAUGGUUCCUUGGAAGAUCUUGCACAGUGCUAGUUCCCUGCUAAGCUUCAUGGGCUCUCUGGGUAUCUUCCUAGCCCCUACUAUGGGUAUCUUAAUCACCGACUUCUACAUCGUCAAGAGACAAAGACUCGACCUUCCUGCCCUCUACCAGCCACACGCUCGAUAUCGGUAUAUCGCGGGUGUCAACUGGCGAGCAAUGGCUGCCCUUCUCUGUUCGAUUAUCCCUGCUCUGCCAGGUUUGGCCUACAAUGUCAACCCUAAUGUGGACAUUGGUGGUGCAAUUUACAUUUCCCAGUUCAACUGGUACUACGGCAUCGUUGUUGCCUCUGUCGUCUAUGGCGCUACGAGUCUGAUCUGGCCCGCCACUGAGACUUUGGUGCCGUGCAUGAUCGAUUCGAUCGAUGAUGCUGAAAUGCAGCGUGAUUUUGAGAAGAAGCUAGAUGUCGAGAUUACGACUGAGAAGAAGGACUAAAGUAAAGGGAGGGUUGUUGUCUGAAUAAAGGGUGGGCGUUUUCAAUGAUGGUGAGGUUUAGUGAAUGAUGCUUCUGUUAGAGUAAUCAACAUAUGACAAUUUAGACGGUACUGAGGAGAUAGUCUCGAAUACACCCCUGUCCUUUGUAUUGCCUGCGCCAAUUCAAUAUG